AUGAAGAUAUUUUAUCGGCUUUUCGUCAUUGGACAUGGUUUGUUCAUCGGAAUUCCCCCAGUUUGGCUGACGAAGUAUGUCGGGAAUUCGAUAAGAGUGGUUUUCCGAAUUUAUAUAGCCCGAAUCUCGCAGCUUAAUUACAUGUUCUGUUCUGUUUUAAUGAGCCCGCUAGAUAAAGUGUCAACUGAACAGUUACAGACUAUUGGACAUGGAAGCAAACCUCUCAUAUGCAUCUUGUUUAAAAAACGGAAUAUCCAUCUUCUCCUUGAACGCGUCUUCCUGAAUUUUCCCGGAUAUUUAUAUACCGUUACUAAGUUGCAAGCAAAUGCUAUGGAGCAACUCCACAAAUUCCCUAAUACAGGGGAUCUCAUAAUAAACGCAAAAAAUAAUAUCCAUGCAAGUGAAUGUGCUGCACCGGGCAGCCUCAUGUUCCAGUUGCAACGAUAUUCAAGAUAUCGCGAUAUAUGUAUAUUCGUAAUGCACUACUCUUUAUUUUUACCUUUUCACUUUAAACAAUUUAUUGAGAUGCCUUGUUUCUUCUAG